AUCACGAAGCCUCCACAUCAUGUGCCACAUCCCAGUCUUCUGCUGGAUCACUGCUACAGUUCUGGAGGAUGUGCUGGAAACCAGAGAGGGAGGACAGCUGCCCAAGACCCUGACUGAGGUUUACAUGAAACUCCUGAAUGUUCAGAUGAAACAUUUAAAACAAAGGUAUGGUUUAGAAAAAAGCAUCCAGUUCAUUAAGAUGAUUAUAAAACUGGCUUUUAACCAGCUGCAGAAAGACAGCCUGAUGUUCAGUGAAGAAGAAAUAAGAGACAACAAAAACACUUUCACUGGAGUUUCUGUGUAUCCAAAGAUGUUCUCAUGGCUCUUUAAAGAGGAACAUCAGCGCAGGAAGGAUGGGAACAAAGUGUUCAGCUUUUUCCAUCGGAGUGUAGUGGAGUUUUUGGCUGCUCUUUUUAUGGUCCUAGACUCUCACAUCAAAAACAUGGAGGCUAAAUCACAGGAUUGUGUGAGGAGAACUGGAAAUCCUUUUAGCCAAACACGUCUACCAGAGAUCUACAUCAACACUGUUGACAAAGCUGUACAGAGUCUGGAUGGACACUUUGACUUGUUCCUCCACUUCCUUCUGGGCCUUUCACUGCAGACCAACAAACCUCCAUUACAAGACCUGCUGACACAGACAGGAAGUAACUCACAGACCAUUAAGCUAACAGUAGACUAUGUGAGGAAGAAGGUCAGAGAAAAUCAAUCUCCUGAGAGAAGAAUCAGCUUGUUCCUGUGUCUGAAUGAGCUGAAGGAUGGUUCUCUAGUGGAGGAGAUCCAGCAGUUCCUGAAAUCAGGAACAGUCUUAGAUGAUCUUUCUCCUGCUCAGUGGUCAGCCCUGGCCUUCAUCAUACUGUCAUCACAAAAAGAUCUGGAUGUGUUUGACUUGAAGAAAUACUCUGCUUCAGAAAAGGCUUUUCUGGGGCUGCUGCCAGUGGUUGAAGCCUCCAACAAAGCUCUGCUGAAUGGCUGUAAUCUCUCAGAGAGAAGCUUUGAAGCUCUGUGUUCACUUCUUGGCUCGAAGUCCUCCAGUGUGACAGAGCUGGACCUGAGUAACAACAAGCUGCAGGAUUCAGAAGUGAAGCUGAUUUCUUCUCUACUGAAUAAUCCACACUGUAAACUGCAAACUGUCAGACUGAGUGGCUGUAACCUGUCAGAGAAAAGCUGUGGUUACCUGUCCUCAGUUCUCAGCUCCCCAUCCUGCCGUCUGACAGAGCUCGACCUGAGACACAACAAUCUGGGAGAGUCAGGAAAGAAGCUGUGUGAAAGCUCUACAAAGACCACUGUCAGGACAAGUAAUAUCUCACUGAAAGACAUCAUCUCCACAAGUGUGCUGAUCAGUUCAGGACCUCCUGCUGUCUACCAGCUCAGACCACAGAAACAGAAGUUUGGAACUCUGACAAGAAUGACUGUUGGAGAAAGAAAUCCAGGGAAGACAAACAAAACCAUCUUACUGGUGGGAGAAACAGGAGCAGGAAAAUCUACUCUGAUCAACGCUCUGCUCAACUACACCAUGGGAGUGAAGUGGGAGGAUAGAGUCUGGUUUCAGAUCGUAGAGGAGAAGGAGAAGAAAGAUCAGACAGAAAGUCAGACAUCAGAUGUGAUCGUGUACGAGAUCUUUGGUUUUGAAGAUGAAACUCUGCCCUACUCUCUGACCAUCAUCAAUACUCCUGGAUGUGGAGACGCCAGAGGGAUCGGACAUGAUGACAUCAUCAGUCACAGAUUAUUGGACUUGUUUCGAUCAGAUGUUGGAGUCCAUGAAAUUAGUGCAGUGGGUCUGGUGAUGAAGGCGAGUGAUAAUCGACUGAGUGAGCGACUGCUGUAUGUCUUUGAUUCAGUGAUGUCUCUGUUUGGAAAAAACAUGGAGAAAAACACUGUAGCUCUGAUCACACACUCAGAUGGAAGCAGACCUGAAAACCCUCUUCAAGCACUUGAAGCUGCAGAAAUUAAAUGUGCCAAAAAUAAUAAGAAUCAGCCUGUUCACUUCCUGUUUAAUAACUGCCAGCUUGAAGAUGAGGAAGAAGAUUUUCUGAAACUAAAUUUUGAAGUAUCAGAGAGAGGAAUGAGAGAGUUUGCAACCUUCCUGAAAGAAACUACACCUCUGAAGCCAGAGGCAACACCUGAAGUGUUAAAAGAAAGUAUCAGACUGACAGCCUGCAUCCAAAACCUGCAAGAAAGAAUCAAAUUCACUGAAGUGAAACAAAGAGAGAUGAAACAAAGUCAGGAAGCUCUGGAGAAGCAUGACAACAUGAUGACUGAAGAGGUCACUGCAUUUGUUGUUCAGGUUUUCAAACAUAAAGAACCUAUCAGAGCAGAGACGUGUGGGCCGGGUUUUAAAGCAGCUGUCAGCUGUACAGUCUGUGAGGAGAACUGUCACUAUCCUGGAUGCACGGUGCCCUUAAAUCACUGUGAGGUCUUUAGAGAUGGUCUCUGCACGUCAUGUACCAACAAGUGUCCUGCAUCAGUGCAUGUGAAAGGAAAGUGGAGAUAUGUGACCAGGAUAAGAAAAGAUCAGAAAAAUGAACCACCAACAGAAGACAAGGAUGUUCAUUUACUUGGAAAGGAAAUGAAACAGCUGACAGCAGAGAAGUCCCAGUUCCUGGAUGAGUCCUACCAACAUGUUGUCAGACUGGAGCAGAUCGCUCUAAAAGCUGAUUCAGCAUCUACUAUUGUCCACUUGGACUUCUUGAUUGAGAAGAUGAAGCAGAAAGGAGACACAGAGAAGAUCAAGAAACUGGAGGAGAUGAGAAGGAGAGAGGAUGAAGGAACCAAAGAAGCACAGCGGAUCAGUUUGAACUCAUCACCACAUGAAGACAUCAUCUUAAAUAGUUUUAUCACCAGUUCAGGACCUCUUGCUGUCUACCAGCUGAGACCGAAGAAAGAAACGAUUGGAACUCUGACAAAAAUGACUUUUGGAGAAAAAAAUCUAAACAAGAUGAACAGAACCAUCUUACUGGUGGGAGAAACAGGAGCAGGGAAAUCUACUCUGAUCAACGCUCUGCUCAACUACACUAUGGGAGUGAAGUGGGAGGAUGGAGUCUGGUUUAACAUUGUAGAGGAGACUUGGAGAUAUCAGACAGAAAGUCAGACAUCAGAUGUGAUCGUGUACGAGAUCUUUGGUUUUGAAGAUGAAACUCUGCCCUACUCUCUGACCAUCAUCGAUACUCCUGGAUGUGGAGACGCCAGAGGGAUCGGACAUGAUGACAUCAUCAGUCACAGAUUAUUGGACUUGUUUCGAUCAGAUGUUGGAGUCCAUGAAAUUAGUGCAGUGGGUCUGGUGAUGAAGGCGAGUGAUAAUCGACUGAGUGACCGACUGCUGUAUGUCUUUGAUUCAGUGACGUCUCUGUUUGGAAAAAACAUGGAGAAAAACACUGUAGCUCUGAUCACACACUCAGAUGGAAACAGACCUGAAAACCCUCUUCAAGCUCUUGGAGCUGCAAACAUUAAAUGUGCCAAAAAUGAGAAGAAUCAGCCUGUUCACUUCCUGUUUAAUAACCCACAGUAUGCACACCCAACAGAAGAAAACAAGUCUUCAAAACUUUCAUGGGAACUCACACAGGAAAACAUGAAUCAAUUGACAGACUUCUUGGGAAACUCUAAUCCUCAAACACUGAUGAAAACAGGUGAAGUGUUAAAUGAACGAAUCAGACUGAAAGCCUCCAUCCAAAACCUGAAAGAGAGAAUCGAGCUGGGUGAAAUGAAACAGACAGAAAUCAGACGGAUGCAAGAAGCUCUGAAGAAACAUGAAGAAAAACAGAGAGAAGAAAAGAAAAAGCUUGAAGAAGCUAAAAAAAUCUACGAAACUCUAAAGAACCAAUAUGUGACCAAGACAAGGCGAGUAACAAAGACUGAUGAACAAAUGAAAAAGCAGUAUGAAAAGAAUGUGUCAGAAUAUGAGAUGAAAGCCAGAGAGUUAAAAACUUGUACAGAAAAAAUGCAGCAGAAAUAUGACGACCAUCAAAGAGAAAAGGAGAAGGAGUGUACCCUGUUAGAAAAUCUUGAAAAGGAAAUGAACCAGCUGACAGCAGAGAAGUCCCAGUUCCUGGAUGAGUCCUACCAACAUGUUGUCAGACUGGAGCAGAUCGCUCUGAAAGCUGAUUCAGCAUCCACUAUUGUCCAUUUGGACUUCUUGAUUGAGAAGAUGGAGGAGGAAGGAGACACAGAGAAGGUCCAGAAACUGGAGGAGAUGAGAAGCAGGGUGGAUGAAAAAACCGAAAAAGCAGCACAUUGGUACAUGCAAAUGCCAUCAGCUAUGAAAAACAUUGGUAGAUCCUGGUAUAAGUGAAACAUGUAAAGAAGCAUCAGGCAGCUGUGUAGAUGGCUUUUCCCCUUGAUACUGCUCUAUGCUACAUAUUCAGCUGUACACCACAUGUUUUUUUUGUUUUUGCUUAUAGAUGGCAUAUUACUUUUUUUUAAAAAACUAUUAGAAAUUAAUUACUUAAUUAAUUACUUAUUGAUUAUUGAUCAGCACUGACAUCUCUACUUAGAGAGCAGACAGUUUGGAUUUUUUUGGUCCUCAGUGUUUGUUUUAUGCAUCUGACAUCAAAUCAGUACCAAAUACAACAUGCGGCUCCAUGUGCUUUGGUGAUGCCUGCA